UUCUAUUCGACGAACUCCUCAUGAAUCCACCAGAUAUUCGCGACGUUUCUUCCUGCAUGGGUAUUGUAGCGACAGGACUGCACAAUAUGCGUCACAAAGUGGCAGUCGCCAAAGACUAUCGAUAUAGGUGGUUCCCGGGUGCUAUUACUGGUUCGUGACGGUUCCAACGGGACCCGCUUUGCAUGAGGACCGCUUCUGGGACCCACAACACACUUUCCUUCACAUCGUGUUUACCUAAAAGUUUCACAAAUAACAUUAUCUUUGCUUUUGAGGAUUUAGCUGGGCCGACGGCUAGACCCUGAUCACCUUCACAUCCCUCCAAUCGUACUCAGGCUCAAAUCUUCCUUGAUCGACUUGGCAGGCACAGCGUAUCGGGAACAGCCAGCUCGUUAUAAAACUCUGAUUAUCCCCAAAGCAUGUGCAAGAUGCAGCGAACCACAACCCUGUUAUGCUGGCUGAUGUGACGCUUGCUGUCACCCGGUUUGAUUCUGAUCAGAGAACAUGCGCCAAACUGCCUUCAGGACUCGCAACCGCUUGCUAUGCUCAGUGGCAAUCACUCAAGCAGUCGUGGCCGUUCACUCCGAACAAUAACUCGAUCUUCAUUCGGUAGCAACAGAGCACACUUCCAGGAAAAACUUGUGCUAAAAGCAACCCGGUAAAUUUGUACAAGGUCAGGCUCGAGUCACCCUGCAAUGACCCCAAACAGUUCCGACUUGCCACGCGUAGGCAGGAUUCGGCGACUUUGUUUUUCGAUUAAAAGGCCAAGUGACAGCGCACAGAACUACCAAAGAAGCAUCCUUUGGCGAGGCUAUCCACAGCUACAUCCUAAAGGAAAGGCGUAGCCUAAUUAUGAGCCGUGUCAACUGUUUGCUGCACAGGGCGCUGGUUUUGUAAUCCCAGGAGAAACACCACCCGUGUGUUCCUUGACAGACUCUGGAUUUUUAUCGGAGACGAAGAAUAUCGAGAAGGAAAGGCUGAGCUCAAUCGUUCCCUUGCCUGCGCAACGUGUCUUCGCUGGCUGUAAGCGCCGCUUCCACGCGGCAGUUACUACACUGCGUUUUCCUAAUGCGGAGUGACUCUUUACUUCGCCGCGCCGCGGACGUGGGAAUCCGUGCGUUUGCGUUUCUUUUUUAAGCCGGAGGGACGUGGGUCACGACAAUGCCUCUGGGUCUGUUAUGAAAGUUUUCGUUUUUCAACUAUACGCCGAUGCUUGUGACUGCAUGCGGGGCUGCUGGGGAUUUUGCGGGCUGAGUGGCAGGAGGGAGGGGCCUGCUGUUUGGUUCUCCCGAGGCGAAUGUCGGGAAAUUGUCAAGCAACUUUGGGUUUUCUUCCGAUUGCUUCGCACAGUCGGGCAAAAGUGUGCUUUUGUGUGGAUUGUGGAACGGCUGCCGACGUCUUCUUUUUUCCGGCGCCCCUCCGUGCUCUCCCCACGCUCCGUCGCGUGUCUCUUCUGCGCUGCAUUUCGUUCCCGCACUCGACGCGUGGCUGUGAACACCGAGUGGUGACAGGAUCGGAUCUCUUGUUCGUCGCUGUUUCCUUCCGUUUCGCUUUUCCAGUAAAAAUGGCUCCGACCGCAGCAGCCCUGGCCAAGAAGCGGCUGAGAACCCGCAAGCCGAAGCGCCAGCUGUACAAGUCGCCAGCAGGUGCGGCGAAGAGAAUGGCGAAGCUCCGCUCGUCGAUCACGCCCGGCACCGUCUUGAUCCUCCUGUCUGGCGGCCACCGCGGGAAACGCGUUGUCUUUUUGAAGCAGCUCGCGCCCUCCGGCUUGCUGCUCGUCACUGGGCCCUUCAAGGUGAACGGCGUUCCCCUGCGCCGGGUCAACCAGCGCUACGUGAUCGCGACCACCACGAAGGUCGACAUCUCCGGAGUCGACGUCUCUAGCAUCAAGGACGAGCAGUUCGGCGCCUCCAAGAAGGAGAAGUUUGCUGAGCGCAAGCUGAGGAAGAAGCAGGAUGAGGGAAUGUUCGUGCAGCAGAGCGACAGCAAGGCUAAGCAGGCGCUCCCUGCUCAGUUCAAGCAACUCCAAGACUCCGUCGACAAAGCCCUGCUCGCCUCCCUCAGCAAGGACAAGCUCCUCACGCAGUACUUGAAGACUCGCUUCACUCUGCGGGGCAACAUGCGUCCCCACGAGAUGAAAUUCUAAUCCGUUUGCAGCCUGCUACAGCGAGUUUCGAAAGGUGAAUCAAAAAGAGCACGGGGGGAGGGGGGGUGGAGAGAGAGAGAAAAAACUAGAGAGCCGAAGACCUCCAACACGGUGCGCCUGAGAAGGAGGCCAACGAUGCGGGUUCCGGAUCUACGGAGGUGUCGGAAAUAGGCAUUGCAGGGGAGAGAAACCCGAGGGAUCUGGAGAACUUGCGUAGAGGAGUGGACGGCGUCCGUUCAGGACGACCACAGGGAGCACGGAUGGGAUCGCUGGCGCAAAUGCAGACAGCGGUCCAGCUGCAUGUGGUGGUAGGAGGCUUCACUCUGCUUGGCGUACACCUUCAGUAACAACCGGAAACUCAGUCUUGGUCCUCAUUCUUGGUGACUCUUACGACGUGCCUCUCUGAUCCGAGGAAGUACCCGCGAGAAUCUGUGUUCGGUAGAUAGUGGCCUCGCUGCGAUCAGCCGCGCGACGCUGCUCUGCGGGCGACGGUCUCUCUAAUCACCUCUUGGCAGUUGACUCUAGCUGGACAACUGGCUGUUUCCAGAAGAUAGUAGAACGGUACAGUAGGGAUGCAGAAGGGUAAGAACAGAUAUCCCUUCUAAUGAGGGAGAAGCAACUGAGUGCCGCACUCGG